AUUACAAUGACUCAAUGAACUUUGUUACCGUGUAAGAUUACACGACUUCGAUAAGAACGGGAUGUUGGACGGGCUGGAAAUUUUGGCCGCUCUUAAUCACGUGAAUGACGAUCCAAUAGAAAACAAGAAAACUUCUGAAGAAGACAACGUCGACUCAGCUAAUCCAGACGUCACAGUAGUCAACUUAAAUUGGCAAAGGUUGUGGAACGCAAAGUUCGAAAGAGAUUCUAAAUAUAUUGACAAAAUUCUGAACGAGGACGACAUCGAUAAAGAUGGUUUUCUGACGUACCUGGAAUUCGCUAUUGGCCGUCGUCGUGAGCAGCGAGAAUCUGCUAAGUUAUAACAGUAACAAAGACAUUUUUAGUGUUAACUUACUUAUGAAAUCUUUGAAUAUUGGAAAUCAAUGUAAGUAAUUUAAAGAGAAUACUAUAAAAAAGACUCGGAAAUA